CAACUUCAGGCUUAUGUCAUCUUGUUAUGGAACGAAACUACUCGGCCUACGAAGAGACUGAUUGUUUUUCUGAAACCGCGGACGAUAUUGCUACAAAUCAUACAAAGCCAAGUUUAAAUAGUGAGGAGACAAUCUUUUUUCGGAUGAACUUUCGUUUACAGAAGACCGGUCAAGCAAAACGAUCGUGAUACACGCAUACCGUGACUGACUCAAUCGAGAUGGCGCACUUUAAUCAUUGUUUCCGGGUAGCUUUUCUCGCUGUACUUUUUCCACUGACUUCAGGAGCCUGUGUUGAUUUAGAUCUUGGAAUGGGAAGUAGAACUAUUCCAGAUGGUAAAAUAACUGCUUCUUCAGUACAAAGUGUCAGCACACCAGCCAAGAAUGGUAGACUGAACUUCACAUCAGGUUCAUCAUGGUGUGCAGGAACAAGUGACACUAACCCAUAUCUACAGAUUGAUCUACAGACACUUCAUAUCAUCUGUGCUGUGUCUACUCAAGGGAAUUCUCAAGCAGAUCAGUGGGUGAAGAACUACACACUACAAUUAUCUACAAAUGGGAUAACUUGGACAGACUAUAUGGAAUUCAGUGGGCAGGUUAAGGUUUUAGAGGGAAAUAAGGAUAGAAACUCAAAUGUCAAACAUGUUGUAUAUGGAGUGUUGACAAGAUAUUUGCGAUUCCUGCCACAAAAACACCAGGGUGAGGUGUGUAUGAGAACAGAGGUGUUUGGAGUGAAACAGAAGCCAACAUGUGAUUCACAGGCAAUUGGUUUGGCCAGUGGUGGUAGAAUUCCAGAUGACAGCUUCUCAGCCAGUUCAAUAUUUGCUCCCAAAUAUGCAGCUAAAUAUGGUCGUCUUAAUGGAAGAGGGGCAUGGGAACCUAAGACUACAACUGAUCCUACUGACUACCUACAAAUUGACCUUCUCUAUGAGUAUGUUAUCUGUGCUGUUGCUACUCAAGGAAAUCCACCAACCCAAUCAGUAGGGGCUCAAGAAUGGACCACAGAGUACAAACUGAGAUUUUCACUCAACGGUACCACCUUUCUCCCUUAUAAAGAAAACAAACUUGACAAGGCCUUUCCAGGAAAUUCAGGAAAAACUGACACAGUGAAAAACAGUCUAAAGGAAUUUGCAAGUGCAAAGUUUAUACGCUUUUUGCCAACAAAGUAUAAUAAGUUCAAGGUUUUGAGAGUGGAGGCUUAUGGAAUACUUUUCACUAAAGUUCCAUCAAAACCUCCUACUGCCUUCAAGUUGACUGCAAGAUCUUCUACCAGCAUUACAGCUUCCUGGCAAUCACCACCAGUCUUUGCCAGACAUGGAAGAAAAAUAACAGGUUUUAAACUGUUCUACAAAAAGAAAGGUGGUGGGUCAGCAACAGUAUUGUUAAUUGGCAGUGGAUCAAUAUUAAGUAGAAAUGUCACUGGGCUUGAUAAGUUCACGGAAUAUGAAUUUCAGGUGUUGGCACUCACUUCUAAUGGUGAUGGACCAAAGAGCCCUGUUGAGGUGGAGAGAACAAAGGAAGCUGCUCCAUCAAAAGCCCCAAGCAGCUUCAGGGUGACUGCAGUUACUUCUACAAUUAUCACAGCAUCCUGGCAGUUACCACCAGCAGACUCCAGAAAUGGAAUAAUUAUAGGAUUCAAAUUGUUUUACAAAAAGAGAGGGUCUGGUGGACGAGCAACCACCUUGACCAUUAAGAAUGGAACAGCAUUAAGUAAAGAUGUCGCUGGGCUUGAUAUUUACACAGAAUAUGAAUUUGAAGUGUUGGCCUUUACUUCAGUUGGUGAUGGACCAAGGAGUUCUCCUUUAGUGGUGGUGAGAACCAUGAAAGAUGGUUGUGUUGAGUUCAGUCUUGGCAUGGAAGAUGGAAGAAUUCUAGACACUGGAAUAAAUGCUUCGUCUUCUAGCACACUAGCCAAGAAUGGUCGACUAAACUACACAUCAGGAUCAUCAUGGUGUGCAGGAACAAGUGACACUAACCCAUAUCUACAGAUUGAUCUACAAACACUUCAUAUCAUCUGUGCUGUGUCUACUCAAGGGAAUUCAAAAGCAGAUCAGUGGGUGAAGAGUUACACACUGCAAUUAUCUACAGAUGGGACAACUUGGACAGACUAUACGGAAUUAGGUGGACAGGUUAAGGUGUAAAAUACAUUCUGUUUUGAAGCAUUACUUCAGAAACAACUAAGAUUUAGCAUGCAUUGACUUUAACAUUUAUAUCUAAUCCCCA